AAGGAGCUCUGAGGCUCUAGACGUUGUAGACAGACCCUCUGACAAACAGCUGGACGCUCGGCCUGGCCAUGGGGCUCAGUGGGAGACACUCUGGGCUGCUGAUGCCACCCUGGCUGCUGCUGAUCUGUCUGCAGCUGGGGACAGGCCUUGAGCGCAUCAACUAUGUGCCCCAGCUCUCAAGUGCCACUCUGGCAGGGACACUUACCCAGUCCACCUUCACUCUGGAGCAGCCGCGGGGCCAGUUCAGUCACCUCAACAUCUCCGACUUUGACCCUAUCUGGCUGGUGGUGGCCCAGAGCAACGCCUCCCAGAACUUCAUUGCCCCACAGAGGGUGGAGGACACCCCAGUCCCUGCUGACCUCCCCCAGAGGGGCUACUACCUCACGAUGAUGGCCAGCCGGGCACUCUAUCCGGGUAGCCAGCCUGGCAACCAGCUCCGGGUCCUCCGUGUUGGCAAUGACACUGGCUGCUUCCCAACCACAAGAGGCUGCAACCACCCCCUGCCAGGUCCGGGGCCCUACCGAGUGAAGUUCCUGGUGAUGAGUGACAGAGGACCCGUGGCUGAGACAGAGUGGUCCAGUGACACCCUUCUGCAGCAAGCUGAGGCACUCCAGGCUACCCCAGGGCUCCAGAGCACGGGCACAGUGGUCAUAAUCGCCACCCUCUCAGUCCUGCUGGCUGUCCUCCUCACCACCCUCCUUGCCCUGCUCAUCUACACCUGGUAA